AUGGUGGACCGAGAGGUGUCGCAGCCACGCAAGCGAUUGAGAACCGAACAAGCAGACGAGCCUGCGCUCGAUGAAUCGGUCGAGCAGUUCGGCGCCGCUUCCGAAGCUGUUGGGGCCGAGGCAGAACCAGCCGCCGCUGCAGCUCCGGAUACUUUAGAAGCUGGUACUGGUGGCCCUUCAGGUACAGCACCUGGUGGCUGUGUAGUGCCAUCCCUGGGUAUUGGCAUGGGCAUGCCGUGCAACGGGUGUAGCUGUGGUGCCGUGAGCACAAACCCCAGCAUGUUGGGAAUCAUGCAGCAGCAGCAGCAACAGUACAUGAUGCAGCAAAUGCAGCAGAUGGGCAUGUUCAAUCACAUGAUGAUGAUGGGAGCCAUGAUGGGCCCAAUGAUGGGACAAAUGAUGGGCCCAGCACCCACAGAUGGGACGGCGCUUCUUCCUGUCACGAGCCCCUCCACCGUGGCAGAUCCUGCCCUCGCAGCCAGCAAGGUCAAUGAGGAUGACGAUGUGCCCCCCGGCCCGUCGUCCAAUAUCAACCAUCCAAACUAUCGGCCUCCUGAUGCUGAGCCGAUACCAGGUGUAACAGACCGUCGAUGGGAAGGACGCAUCAAGAUGUGGUUCGAAGACAAAGGCUAUGGCUUCAUCUCGAAUGAAGAGUUGAAGAAACGGUUCAAAGAUCUGGACGUCUUCCUGCACCAGAACCAGAAGCGCCACUUCAGGCGAGGAGAUUUGGUGACCUUCAGCGUGUACCCGAACUACCGGGGCCAGCCGCAGGCCACAGAGCUGCGCCGCUCGAAAAGCUGA